UUUUAACAAGAGGGUGGCGGCGCUAAAAUUAUUUAAUUUGUAUUACUUAUUAUUUUGAACAAGAUGAGUCAAUUAUUAGAUACCGAUGCACAAAAUUCCGAUGAUUUCGUGGACCAAAUGCUUUUAGAAUACGACAAAACGAUAAUGUCAAUACCAGAUAUAGAAAAUGAGCCGCAUUUACUUAUAUCUAAAGUACGUAAGCACUAUAUGGAAUAUAUAAUAAAACUUUUAUCAGUUAAUUACGAAAAACAUCAAAAGCAAUUCAACAAAAAUAUUCGCUUACCAAGCGCAAUAUGGAGGUGUGCGAAAAUUAUAGAAAUGACUGCAGCUCAGACUUGCAUGGUAGUACAAAUUUAUCGGAAAAAUAUUGUCGGAGUGAUCAACGAAUUAAAACAGGACACCAACAAGGGUAAACUGUACAAGACACUAUAUGAUUUUUUGAAUACAACUCCAAAGAAUGAAAAAAGAGUACAAACUACAUUAAGUAAGACUAAUAAUUGUACAUGUCAAUGUACAUGUAACCAGAGGAGAAAGCGACCUAGAGAAAACACAAUUCAAAAAGAAAUCAUAUCUGAUAAUGUAUCAUCUGCACUCAGUGAAAAACUAUUAGAUACCAGUAACAACAGUCCAGAACAGACAUUAACAAAGGUAACAGAAAUUAGUGAUAUGACAAUGAAAAAUUUACCCUCAGAAACACCUAUUCAUACACAUAAUGUUGAAACACAAGACUCUGAUAAUUUGCUACGACAACUAGAGAUAUUAUUUCAAGAUGACCAUAAUGAAGAUGAUCUUUUUGAACAAUCAUUAUGGAAUGAUCCAAAUCCUGCUAACGAAGAAAUAACCAAAGACAAUAAAAAAGAUAAUAAUGAAACAGAAAACAUGUUAGAAAGUAAUAAUUUAUCAACUGCAAAAAUUAAGGAGUCCUUAGAUGAAAAAUUAGCAUCUUUAGCUGGGCAAUUUGUUGAGAACAAUGACAAUAGUACUAAACCAGCCAGUAAAAAAACAAAUCAAACAUCCAAUAAAUGGUUGUGUGAAGAAUAUUUUAUGAAGUUACAAUUAUUUGAAAUAUUGGAUCAAUUGAGAGAUUGUAAUAGGGCAAAGCUUGCAAGGGUAAAAGAUUUAUUAAAAGAUAUAUUUGGAGAGGAUAGUGAUGAUGAAGGUGUUAUGUCACCAUUAGAAGAGACACCUGACUUUGUGAGGAGUUGUAAAGAGAGAAUAGCUCCUUGGGUGGUUAAAGUUCUCACUCCAUUCUAUAUUAAAGGCCGUAUAAAAGGAAAAGCUUUAUUUAAGGCACUCGCCAAACAUUUAAUUAGGCUUAUUUACCAGUGUAGUAAAUAUCCUAAUGAAUAUGAAGUAAAAAGUUUUGUGAGCGAUUUUAUUGAGAGCCACAAACUCAUUAGAUGUGAAGCUGAUUUUAAACAAUUCAGAAUUAACAAUAUUUGACUGAAGAAGUUUUUCUCAUGACACA